GCUGUCUUGAGGAAUGCAGUGGCCCCCUUGGGAAAGUACAUAUCUGGAGGCAGCAGGCUGCUCGGCGCUCGCACUCUGGUUCGGCUGCCCGACAGCGCGCUCAUCUCGCCGCUCCCCGCCCGGGUUCCCGCCGCAGCCUAGGGGCCCCUCAGCACCGCCACCAUGGACGCCAUCAAGAAGAAGAUGCAGAUGCUGAAGCUCGACAAGGAGAAUGCUUUGGAUCGGGCAGAGCAGGCGGAGGCCGAUAAAAAGGCGGCGGAGGACCGGAGCAAGCAGCUGGAGGAGGACAUCGCGGCGAAGGAGAAGCUGCUGCGGGUGUCGGAGGACGAGCGGGACCGGGUGCUGGAGGAGCUGCACAAGGCGGAGGACAGCCUCCUGGCCGCCGACGAGACCGCCGCCAAGGCUGAAGCCGAUGUAGCUUCUCUGAACAGACGUAUCCAGCUGGUUGAGGAAGAGUUGGAUCGUGCCCAGGAGCGGCUGGCAACAGCUCUGCAGAAGCUGGAAGAGGCUGAGAAGGCAGCAGAUGAGAGCGAGAGAGGCAUGAAAGUCAUUGAAAGUCGAGCCCAAAAGGAUGAGGAAAAAAUGGAAAUUCAGGAGAUCCAACUGAAAGAGGCCAAGCACAUUGCUGAAGAUGCUGACCGCAAGUAUGAAGAGGUGGCCCGUAAGCUGGUCAUCAUUGAGAGUGACCUGGAACGUGCAGAGGAGCGGGCCGAGCUCUCAGAAGGCAAAUGUGCCGAACUUGAAGAAGAAUUGAAAACUGUGACGAACAACUUGAAGUCACUGGAGGCUCAGGCUGAGAAGUACUCGCAGAAGGAAGACAAGUAUGAGGAAGAGAUCAAGGUCCUUUCUGACAAGCUGAAGGAGGCUGAGACUCGGGCUGAGUUUGCAGAGAGGUCAGUAACUAAAUUGGAGAAAAGCAUUGAUGACUUAGAAGACGAGCUGUACGCUCAGAAACUGAAGUACAAAGCCAUCAGCGAGGAGCUGGACCACGCUCUCAACGAUAUGACUUCCAUAUAAAUCUCUUUGCUUCACUUCUCCCAAGACUCCUUCAUCAAGCUGGAUGUUCCACCUCUCUGAGCUCUGCAGUUUGUCUGUUCUCCAGCUGACCCUGGUUCUUUCUUUUAGCAUCCUGUCUUAGGGCCAGCACACACUGUGCUUUCUAUUGUACAGAAGCUCUUCAUUUCAGUGUAAAAUAAACACUGUGUGUAAGCCAUUUCUGUUUGCUAUUCCUUUUACUCCUUAGUAUUUAUUGACAUUUCAGUUUCAACACUGAAUAAAACUACAAAUCUGCUUCAUGCAUGUAAAGGGUUAAUUUUUGGCGGCUGCUUUUUUUUUUUUUCUUCAUUAUGAACAUUGUGUGUUAAUGUCAAAAGUACAAAAUCAAGUAUGUUUAAAGCAGUAGUUCCUUGUAGAACUUUCAAAAAAUACUCAUGCUCUGGUCCUCUCAAGAGUUCUGAUUCCCAAUGGUUAGAGUAAGCCUGGGCAUCUGUAUAUUUUAAAGAUCACAUUGGUCUGGUACACAACCCCAGUUGAUAACCACUGCCCUGGGGCAUUGCUUGUUGGAGUCAGAAGAUCUGCCUUGAGCAGUACCUUCCUGUGCCAGAGGUUUAGAUUGGGGUGUGGUGACCCCUCUAUUGAUAUGUAUGUGGCCCUGUUUGGGCAUCAGAGGAUGUGGCGAACUGAUGAAGGCUCAUGAUGAAUGGCUUCAUAGCUAAGUUGAGAAAGAUGAAAAAGAACUUUGAUCCAAACAAUCUAAAUUAAGGUAAUUGUUAAACAUCCUUUCACAGGACAGAGAAGAGCUAAAGCUUUUUUAAAAUAUAUCCAUUGCUCAGGUGCCUUCGUUUUGAUCAUGCAAAUGAUAUCUUAGGUUUUCUAAACGAUUUCUGUGUCCAAGUUGAGCUUUAUUUCUGUACUCUUAAGGAUAUCGUGUAUUCUUUAGGAGGGAUUUGUAUGUACGUAAUCUUUGUAUUUAAUAGCUGUUUUCUUCAUUUGUGGAAUUUUUUUUAAAGUCCAGUCAUUAAAGUUGAUUCUUAUUUUUUUCUGAAAAGUAGUUGGUUGAAAUUGUUCAGAAUACUGUUGUGUUUCAUUUGGGCUUCACUGUUACUUCACAAAGAGCAAUUAAGUAAUUGUUCUAAAAGUACGUGUUACAAAAUUAGGACCUUCAAAUGAUGUGAACUUCUGUUUCUUAAUUUCCAACAUUUCUCCAUCCUCAACAUUCUGGCUAUAUUUUUCCCGUAUUUUAAAUGUGGGUAAGUUUCAUCUGCCUUGUGUGUAGUUUGUAUUAAUCCAAGAGGGUUGCCAUACUACCAAACUGAAAUCUAGACAGACUUUUGAAAUAGUGUCAGUCAACCUACAAAGACUUCAGAACAGAGAGAGAAUAUUUUUUUAAGAGUGCUGUGAAUUGAAGUAUUUUAGUAGUGGCAGAGUAGUUUUGUUUUGUUUUUUGAUUUAGAAUCUGGAUGAUGUCUCCCUUGAGAGUAUAGGGACUUCAGUAAUUUUUUUUUUUUUUCCCUUUUCUAAGGCUCUUGGGCCUGCUUUAAAAUAUAGAGUAGAAGUGUGCCCUUCUCUGAAUAAUCCUGCUUCCUGCCAUAGAAAAAAAAUGACAUGUCUGAAUUCUGCUGAGCAGAUGUUCAGUUUAUUCUGGAGGCAUAUGAUUUUGAGAAAUUCUUCCUGAGACUUCCACACUUUCUAAAUGUAUCUUCUACUGAGGGAAUGGGAAACUAACAGCCUGAGAAGGCAUGUCUGGGGUAGCCCAAGAAUGUGUGGGCACACAAGAGGAUAAAAAAGCAAGUUGAGGCUACCAAGAAACUGUCAGAACCCAGGCUUCUGGUUCAGGGGUUCAGGCCAUAGCAUUAGCUGCUGCAAGAACCUCAGUUGGACCAAACCAGAAGCACUGCUGUGUGGCACUAGAGGUUGCAGAGAACUAGGAAGUAGAACACUCUUCCCAGUGGAAAAUACUUCCAAGUGGAUAACCAAGUCUGGUCCCUGCCCUCAAGCACACCAGCCCCAGGGCAACUGAAGCAUAUAGGGUUCAAAGGAGGCUGUGGUAAGGACAGCUGUCCUCUAAGCUGAAUUCACAUAGACCCUCUGGAUUCUCUGGAAUUUUUCCAAGUUCUCCCAUUCCAGUUUGGCCAAACAUUGGCUCAGCAAACAAAGACAUCCUGCCUGACCAUGGGGAUAGUUCCCAAGAGUGUGUGAAUGUAGCGGUGGAAUUUUCAUCUUGCAGCCCCCAAACAUGGGCCCUCAAGAUACUGGAAGGUUUAGGGGUAUGGUACAGAGAUGAGCUGGAAAUAUUCUUUGCCUUCAGUGAGCUGACCAUCUUGUGGGAAGAUAGAUAAGUGAAGUGAGACUAAACUAGUAGAAGACAGUGUACAAGUAGAACUUCCGGGAGGAGGUGUCAUUUGAAUGGGGUUUUGAGUAUUCAGAAAAUAUGGACGAGCAAAGAGGACAAGGCAGAGAAGAUUUCAAACUAGAAAACAGUGAACAUAGCAUCUUCUCCAUCUCCCACCAUAUAUGAGGGAAAAUUAAGAUGAGAAUUGCCCAACUUCCCAGUAGACAGGGGUGCUAAAGACUGGAUAUUUUCCCCAGGAGUAGGAUUAUUAGCCUUUCAAGAUCAUUAAGUAGAAUUUCUGGUUGUCAUCCUUGACCCUUCCAUAAUUCAAAGCAGUCAUGUAUCUUCCAGCUUUUUAUGGAGGGUGCAUGGCUCUUGUAAUUGUUUGGAUCUCCCCUGGAUCAUCAGAUAGAGACUGACUCUUGUUGGUUUACUUGCCCUGUGAGUGGAUUACAUAUUAAUAUUUAAAAUGUAUCUCCAUGUAUAUGUUCAAGAGUUUCUCAUUUUUAUACACAUCUAUCUAAAAAGCAAACAUAAAUGCCAUGCUCUCUAAGAAAUAAGUAGAUAAAUUCUAAAUCAGCUUUGAGUGGAGCUAAAUGUUUAUUGCUAUUUGAGUAGAGUAAUGCACACUGUGUAUCAUUGUUGGACAAGCAUUCAGAGUUUGCACCUUUAUCACAAUGACUGACGGAAGGACAAGAAGCUUAGUUCUGCCUUUCAAAAAAUUUUAAUGUGACAGCAAUAGCCCCCUCUUGGUACUAUCUGAACAUAAAUCCUACCCUGUGGGUGGAGAUGAUAGGGUUCUGAGAAGAGGUGGGUGGAAAGGAGAGGGUCAAGUCAAGGUUUUACCAUAAGAUCUCCAGUGAGCUCUAGCAAGGAGGGGUGAUGCUGGGCUCACCUCCAGCCCUGCCUCAGUUCCUGAGGCUGUUGCCGGAAACUAUACAUACAGCUUAAUUCCCAAAGUAGUUUAGUGAAGUACAAGAGGAACAUUCACUCUUUCUCUGUCUCGUAUCCUGUUGCUCUCUCUCCCUCCUCUCCCCACCUUUAGAGAAAAUGCUGGCCCAUGCUAAGUCUACUGGCUUUUUCACCGUUCACCCUCCCUGGUCACAAGGCAGGUGGCCAUGGGGCAAGCGGUAGCCUGCUGGGCAAGUGACCACCUGCUGCUCUGCCUAAGGAGUCUCUUUGUUCUCUGUUAACUUCUUACCACACCUGGCUAACUUCUGUUCCUUCUGCCUCUUUUUUUCUGCUAACCUGCUUGCUGACCU